AUGUCAACAAAGCAUUUACGGCGACUGAUUGAAGAAAAGGAGCAGGAGCAGGCUAAGGAAGAGCAAGAAGAAGAAGAGGAUCUAGUACCGCAGAGAAGUGGACCAGUGAACCGCUUCGCUGCAUUCGUAGAUGACGGAGAUGGCUCCGGGAAAAGUGAUGCAGAGGAACUCCAGCCGAGCGCAGAUCGCGAUACGAGGUUUUACGAGCCACUGGGUGUUGAUCAGGUGGUUAAGCCUGAUCCUCGACUCUUUGAUGCAGCUGCAGAGCUUAAGAGAGCGCUUGGAAAAAGUUUCAAGAUAAACUGCUCCAGUACGAAUCGUUCCCAUCGUACAGCUAACAAAGCGGGAAAACUCGUUAAGCAAAAGCACACGUGGCCGCCUAUUAGGAGCAUAGGGGAGAAAGGCCAAGAGAAAUGGUUCAAGUUCGUGCAUAAUUCGCAUUACGAACAACUCGAAAGAUCGGAUGAAAUACUUACUGACAAUCAGCUAUCACUUGGAAUUCCGUUCUCUGGCUGGGCGAAGCAUUGUUCGAAAAUGCAGGAGGAUAUCACUCAGUCUUGUGAUUUAAUAGAGCGGGGAAUCUUUUACUGCGAGCAAGCAAUGGCGAGCACGUUCCAUCCGAGUUCGUUUUAUCAUCGCGUAGACUACUUGGACUACGAGAAUAGAGCAUUUUAUCUAUUGCUGCAUCGACAUAUGCUGAACUGCAUUCAUAAACGGUAA